CAGCUGCCCAAAGGCAAUGCAAAUAGACUUUCCUGGAAAGAAACUGAAUUUAAGACACCCUGAAGCUUACUAUGCAUUUCAGCUAAAUAGCCAAGAGCCUCAGUCUAUCACACUUGAAAGUUUCUUUCAGAAAUCUCACUAAGGGUUCGCUGAACUGGCGGUCACGCUUGGUAUUUAUGAUGGGGAGUGCAUGUCUGGGCUUUGAAAGAUGCUUGUUUCAUCAUUACCCAUAUUGUGUACGCAGACAUAACCACAAUGUCCUUUUGAGCAAUUCAGGUAAUGCUUAACAUUAUUACCAGGAACUCAGUUUACCUUGCAGUCUAACUGUGUGCAAACUGUGUUUGUAAAUUAGGUGACCUUUGACCUGAACACAAUGAACCAUUAAAUUGUUUUGGAUUAAUGUUUUGAAAGAAUUGUCUGACUUGGUUAUUUAACUUCAAGCCUGGUUAGAAUUACUCACACACCCAGCUACCCCUCAAUCUCAUUAAACAUUCACUCGCAGAACCAAUAUCCCAGAUUACUACAAGUGUACAUCAAAUGUAAAUCUGUGACGUCGACACCUUGACUGUAAUAACACCUAAUCUCUGUUUGCUGUCGUGGGCUUUUUGAUUGGCUGUGUGAUGAUUUACAAAAAAAAACAGUGUCAACUAAUUUAGGAAAAGCCAAUGUCCCAAAUCCACGAGGACUGUCAACAUUCCAUAGUUUUAUUUCAAAAACUGUUAUUAUGCAUAAAAACUAAGAUUUUGUUUUUACUAUAAAGCAUACAUUUGAUAUAGACUAUGCAAGCAAGAGCCAGUUAAGUGGGACUGAAAGAAAAGCAUGAUAGCUAGAGACAGAAAGAUAGGAGAGCGAUAUGGAGGAGGGGAAGUGGCAGAGCCCAGCCGGUUGUAACCGGUCCUCUUGGCUCAGAGGAGCUCACAAUCCCUAUGGUACAGUUACAAAUAGGCUUGCUGGAUUUUUCUGCUCAUAUAUAUCUCUCACUUUCCUAAUUGUCAUUUACACCUAGCUCUGUGGGUUCAAUUCAUAACAACAAGGUUUCAAAGGCCCAACAAAGGUCAAACAUAUAGCGGUGCUAAGUUGAUGACAGUAUACAAUAAAUAACAAUAAAGCUAACAACAACUAACAAAGGAACAAAGCCUAUGGAUGUAGCGCUGGGACGUAAAUAAUUGUGAAUAAUUGUGAUUUAACAGAUUUACACUACUAUUUUAAGCACAUAAGUACCGUGGCCGAGAAGUGCAAAGCAAAACAACAAGUUGCAAAACUAAAAACAAAUCUAAAAGCAAAAUAAAAAAUCCAAAAUCAAAAUGACAAAUCUGAAAACGCAAUAUCAAAUCUAAAAACAGAAUAGCAAAUCUUAAAACACAACAACAAUUCGGGAAAAAAAAUAAGUCAGAAACCACAUCGACAAGUCAGAAAGCAAAACGACAAGUCAGAAAACACAACGACAAAUCAGUCAAACCGGAAAAGGUAGGUAUUUUGUUGGAAUGGGAUAGCUACUGCUGAUUAGGGCUGCAACUAACGAUUAUUUUGAUAAUCGAUUAGUUGGACGAUUAUUUUUCGAUUAAUCGGAUAAAAUGUAAUUACAUCUUUUGCUUAUAAAUAAGUAAAUCAGAUAUGGGAAAAGUAUACACAACUGAACUCAUUAGCCAUCUCCCAAAAUGUUGUGAAUGUCUCCAUAAUUAACACACCUGGUGAGUUGAUUCAUGUGUGUCAUAUUAGAAGCAACUGACAAUAGUCUCUCCCAAACGUGGGAGCGAGGGGAGGGUCGGCCAAGGAAAUAAUUUUUUGUGCCAUGAAAAGUGAGAUAUUUGUCAUUCAAAUGUAGUGAAGUACAGUAAAAAGUAAAAGUAAUACUUAAGUACUUAAGUAAAUGUACUUCGUUACCCACCUCUGAACUAAAUAAACCACCAAAUCAGGGUAUUUAGCCUAAUAUGUACUUUGCAAAGUGCAAACGCCACAAAUUGGGUUUUACUAAUAUAAUCUUUAAUUUUGUCAUUUAAAACACCUCUCCCCUUUAAACUUUAAAUCUGCGCAGCUUGAAGAGAUCCAUGCAGAACACGUCUGACUUUAAAACUGCGCACCUCGCGCUGCACGGAGAGACGCAUCCACAGAGAGACACGUGUGACUUUCAAACUGCGCACCUCGCGCUGCACGGAGAGACGCAUGCAACGAGAGACACGUCUGACUUUAAAACUGCGCAACAUGUGCCGCAUGCAGAGACGCAUCCACGGAGAGACACAUGUGAUUUUAAAACUGCGCACCUCACGCUGCACGGAGAGACGCAUGCACCGAGAGACACGUCUCGACUUUAAAACUGCGCAACUUGUGCCGCAUGGACCACGGAGAGACACGUCUGACUUUAAAACUGCGUACCUCGCGCUGCACGGAGAGACACGUGUGACUUUAAAACUGCGCAUCUCGCGCUGCACGAAGAGACGCAUCCACGGAGAACCACGUCUGACAUUUACAACUGCGCAGCUCAUGCUGCACGGAGAGACACAUCUAAAACGGUAAUUUUAAAAGGUUUUUGCUGCAAGUAUCGCGAGAUUGAAGCAGAUCAAGGAUCUCCUUCACGUCUCUCAGUUUCCCACCUUGGUGACCCUGACAAACAUUCUUCUGUCUGCAUUAACGGUUGAUGAUGAAUCCAAAGUCCCUGUAGGCAAGCCGUGGCACUAGGCGGCCAUGGAUUCAAAGCCACCGGGCAGCUAUUUCACUCAUGCAAGAAAAUAGACCCUCUGUUCUAUGGAUUCUGGAUGACAGUUAAAUGAAGAGGACAUGCAAUCUCUGCUCUCGUCGUUCAUCAAAUCAAUGUAUAAUAACAAGGCAUUUAUACACCAAAGUCACUACAACAGAUUGUUGCUGAAUUCAGCCAGCUGAUGUCCGCUGACCUCAUGAGGUCCUUUUAUAGUGGCCUAGAUGUACAUUUGCCAAACAAAAUCCUACUGUGGCUUGAUGCUAAUGACUCACACCAGAACUGCUUUUUUGUUGGCCAUGUCUAAGGAUUCCUCCAGUUUUUUAAAGCUUCGUGAGGUUGUCUUUACUGUGGCGUACCAAGAGCGGUGUGUUCAAAUGAAACAAGCCAUCCGUCAUGUCAGACAAAGGGCAAGAUGUCGAUUUAACACGGGCCAAACAAAAUACAGGCGUAUGGCUGGUUAAGGUUCCCAAAUAUCUUUCUCAGCAAUGGGCUAAGGCAUCUGGACGAGGAGAAGUUGGCAAACUUAAAAUUGGAAAAUCCCAGGGAAAGACUGUGGUGUCUUUCACUUUGAAUGAGGAGCUGACAGUUGUUGAGAGCUCUGGGGAGAAGGCUUCGUCAGUCCGGGCUCCAACAGAACACCCCUUCACCAUACAGACGGUGGGGGGUCAGACCCUUGCUGUCUUUACAGAGAGUUCAGAUAAACUGGCACUUGAAGGCAUGGUUGUGCAACGGGCUGAAUGCAGACCUGCCGCCAGUGAGGGCUACAUGAAAUUAAAGAAGCUGCAGAUUGAAGAAUCUACCAAACCUCUUCGUUUGUCUCAGAAGCUUGAAAAGGCUAUUACAACCAAUUACAAACCUGUGUCCAACCACAGCCAUAAUGUGGAGCAUGAGAGGAAGAAGAAAGAGGAAGGCAAGCGUGCAAGAGCUGACAAGCAGAAGGUUCUGGAAAUGCUGUUCUCUGCCUUUGAGAAGCACCAGUACUAUAACAUUAGAGACCUGGUGGACAUCACAAAGCAACCGGUGAUUUAUCUGAAGGAGAUUCUCAGAGAGAUUGGCGUGUACAAUUCCAGAGGGCCCCAUAAGAGCACAUGGGAACUGAAGCCAGAGUAUCGCCACUAUGAGGAAGGACAGGAGGAUGAGGAAAAGAAGAUUGAGUAAUUCAGAUCGGAUGUUUCACUGAUGUUCAAAGCUUGGUCUACGUUUAUUUUAUCUUUUAUAUUUAUUUUAUUUUAUUUACAUAUUGUUUGUUUCGGUUCAACCUUUUGGUCCAUGAGAACUUAUUCCCAGUUAGAAAAGACAUAACAUACAGCAUAACAGAUGAAAAUGGCUGUUUUGUAAUAUUUAGCAAUAUACAUUAAUUUUGUUUCAAAAGACAAGUGUUUGAGAAAAUUUUGAAGUGAAUACUAUAAUUUGCAUGACUCUUGUGUUUGUCUUGAGUUAUUAAAGACACUGGUGCAGAAGUACAUGGUUAAUAAAACAAUGAUCCUUUCAAAUACG